AUGGAAAAGCUGGAGCCAUCUCUAUCCAUCACUGAGCAAAACCUGGCAGACCGAGUUCGGUACAUCCUGCGCUCCAACAUAUUUGGUGACGCCGAACUCGAACGACUACGACGUGAGGCUGUUCCCUCAUCGGAUGGAAAUGCUACGGCUGGGAAUGCGGCGCCACUAAUUGCGCAGCAAACUGCAAAUGUGGACGCUGCCGUCAAUAUUGCAUUUGUGGUUGAUUCAGACGAUGAUGGAAUAGUCCCCCACGAACUAGAGAAAAUGAAGAGCAUAUUGGAAGAGUCGAUGCUGGAAACGCGCAGCAUGGCUCUCGAAAAUCGACCGCGACUUCCCCGCAUACCCCUUAGCAAGCGAAAUCGGGCUGUCGUGCGGGCUCUUAACCCAAUGCUGGUGACCUAUUUGGAAGCCAGCCGGGACCUUUGA